AUAUCAGUUGAAUUAUUCGGCUAAAAUGCCCUGGCACGGGCAUACGUAGUCGUCGGUCCGCCAUUACGACGCAGCCGAAGACACGUUCGUCGUAUUUAGUUAAAUAUUUUCGUUUAUAAAUGAGUAAUAACGCUCAUGAACUAAGUAAUCGACUACUGAAUGCGUUGGAUAACAAUUACAAUGUUGUCGACAUGCAUACUGUCCACGAAAUUAUAUCCUUACUGGAGAGAAUCAAUAUCACAAAAGAGCUGUUGGAGACCACCCGACUGGGCAAGCAUGUAAACGAGCUAAGACGGAAGACGACGGACCCGAGCCUCGCGCGCCGAGCCAAGGUGCUUGUCAAACGGUGGCGGGACCUCGUCAUACCCACGGUUGCAUCGCCCGGACAUACAGGUUCAAACCGGUCGUCAGCAGAGCGGCAGGUGCACAGACGUCUCGGGGGCACCCCCCUCACGUCGCCGGCACUCUCCAGGCAAGUGGUGAGCCCGGCAGUGAAUAGCCCGCGACCGCCGUCCAGACCGGCAUGGGGAGGAUACGAGUCGGACUCUCAGGAUGUGAUCCUGGUGGACGACGAGCCCCCCGCGCCGCCCGCGCCCCCCGCGCCGCCCGCGCCCGCCCCGCCCGCGCCCUCGCUGCCACACACACACAAACCUAGCACGCCACCUGUAAAAAGGCCGCCCUCCCCGGAACCAUUGUAUGAUGAAAAGAAAGCGAAAAGAGAUAAAAAACCUAAGAAGAAAAGAGGACACAGUCGCGCUGGCUCGGGUACGGAAGCGACAGGUCCUGUGUCGGUGGGGGGCCCGGUGGUGCCGGCGGGGCCCGGUGUGGGGGCGGCCGGGGCCCUGGGGCCCGCGCGCGACGGGCUGGGCCGGCCGGCGCGGGCCGCGCGGUUCGCGGAGUGGCACGAGUGCGCGCGGCUGGGCGAGCUGGUGGCGCUGCCGUACGUGGUGCUCGACUGA